GGUCCUACUACGUGAAACAUUUACAUCAAUCGAUUGAAGUAACUUACCAUUGUUUUAUGCGCUAAAAUUGCUAAGAAUAUGCUUUGAGUAUUUAAUAUCUUCUGAAUAUACAUCUUUGAACAUUUCUGGUAACGAAAUUUAAUGAUACACAAGAUUGAUUUGAUGCAGCUACCCACCUUUCACAUUAGCAUACACAUAACUAACUGUACCUGUAACUACGUAUGUUUAAGCAAAGAAAUAAACAUUGAAGUUUUGCUUCAAAAGCUACAGAUCACAAAGUGAUGUUUUUUUUAUUCUUGAUUGUAAAUCCCUAGAAAACGAAAAAUGAUGGCCGAUUGAAAAGAAUUCACGCCCUUUAUCCAUCUUGGGGUGGUGCUGGCUUAGCAAGAAGGCGAAAGUGCCCUGGAAUGGGUGCUCAACAAGGGAAAGAGACCCGAUGCGGCAGUGGAUCCUCUGUCAGUAGCAAUCGUGGUAAACCGGCUAAACACUAUCAGAGAAGCAAAGCAUCUUCUAAAGAAUCAAGAUCUUCUCUAGCAGCCGGUAAUGUCUUUACUGAGCACAAUGAAGCCCUGUUGCAAAGCCGACCACUUCCUCAAAUUCCUGACAUUUCUGAUGACAUUCGUAAUUUACCACCACCACUGAAUGGCGCAUCGCGCUGGAUGUCAAAAGAUAAUUUACUAUCCCAAGAUGAAAAUGAUUCUCAGCUUUUUGUUGCUUUGUAUGAUUUUCAGUCUGGUGGAGAAAAUCAGCUGUCACUUCGCAAAGGUCAACAAGUCCGAGUCUUAUCAUACAAUAAAACAGGUGAAUGGUGUGAAGCACAAUCAUGGAAUGGUCUGGUUGGCUGGGUUCCCAGUAAUUACAUUACUCCUGUAAAUAGCCUUGAAAAGCAUUCUUGGUAUCAUGGACCUAUUUCCCGAAAUGCAGCUGAAUAUCUUCUUAGCAGUGGCAUCAAUGGCAGCUUUUUAGUGAGAGAAAGUGAAAGUAGUCCUGGCCAAAGAUCUAUAUCUGUUCGUUAUGAAGGCAGAGUGUAUCAUUAUCGAAUAAAUGAAGAUUCUGAUCGAAAGGUUUUUGUAACUUCAGAAUGCCCUUUCAAUACUCUAGCAGAAUUAGUGCAUCAUCAUUCAAUCCAUACUGAUGGGUUAAUUACUGUUUUGCUAUACCCUGCUCCUAAACGGAACAAGCCAACUGUUUUCGCAUUAAGCCCUGAACCCGAUGAAUGGGAAAUUGAACGUACUGAUAUUGUUAUGAAGCAUAGGCUUGGUGGUGGCCAAUAUGGAGAUGUGUAUGAAGCUAUUUGGAAAAGAUACAACAUGACUGUUGCAGUGAAAACAUUGAAGGAAGACACAAUGGCUUUGAAGGAUUUUUUAGAGGAAGCUUCUAUUAUGAAGGAAAUGAAGCAUCCUAACUUAGUUCAACUUUUAGGUGUUUGUACUCGAGAACCUCCUUUCUAUAUCAUAACCGAAUUCAUGCAGCAUGGAAAUCUUCUGGAUUUCUUACGCAGCACUACGCGUGAUAGUAUAAAUGCAAUCAUUCUAAUGCAUAUGGCUACUCAAAUCUCAUCCGCUAUGUCAUACUUGGAAUCAAGGUGCUUUAUUCAUAGGGAUCUAGCUGCCAGAAACUGCCUUGUAGGUGAUGGACAUCUUGUGAAGGUUGCUGAUUUUGGAUUAGCACGCUUAAUGAGAGAUGAUACAUACACUGCCCAUGCUGGUGCUAAGUUUCCUAUCAAAUGGACAGCUCCUGAAGGUUUAGCUUAUAAUAAAUUUUCUACAAAAUCUGAUGUUUGGGCUUUUGGUAUUCUUUUAUGGGAAAUUGCUACAUACGGAAUGUCUCCUUACCCUGGUGUAGAACUUACAGAUGUCUACCACAUGUUGGAAUCUGGUUACCGCAUGGAAUGUCCUGCAGGUUGCCCUGCCCGCAUAUAUGACCUUAUGAAGGAAUGUUGGCAGUGGGAACCUAAUGAAAGGCCAACUUUCAAAGAUAUUCAUGAAAUUUUAGAAAAUAUGUUUCAGAAUUCUAACAUAAUUGAAGAAGUGGAGAAGCAGUUAGAAAAAAAAUUGCCUUCGGGGAUGUCCAAGUCAGGAAGCAUUUCUUCAUCAAAAUCACAUUCAUUUAAUGAAAAAUCAUGUCAGAAUGUGGGGUCUGAGCUCGAUAAUAAUGUCAUGGCAUCUGAAAGUCAGGGGAUUUUUUCUGUUAAAUCUGUAUUCGUACAACUUAGCAGAUCCAGCCCUCGCUACAAACAUAUGCCAGCUCCACCCCCAAAACGAACGAGUUCUUUCAAGGAUAGCUCAUUUCCUGAUGGAUUAGAUAAAGUUGAAGAUGGUAUUUUUUUCAAAGAAUCACCUGAUGUGAAAUUUGAAGCUGGAGAAGACAUUCCUUCAUGUAACAAAAUCACUAAAGGAGAAUCUCAUGAGAGAAUAUCAGAAAAGGAAGAUUCUGGGGUUGCUGCUUCUUCAUCAGAUGCUUCUUCUAUUCAGCUAAAGAAAUCAAAGAAAAACAGAUCUCAAACUUCUUUGGCUGGUCAGAAAUCAAAAGAUACUCAAAAUGGGAAAAAGAAUGAAGCAAAAAAGGUUAGAGUUGCAGCUUUAGAGGUGCAAAAUGUAAAAAAGGCUAUCAGUCGUUAUGGUACCUUACCUAAAGGAGCUCGCAUUGGAGCUUAUUUGGAUUCUUUGCGUCAGCAUGGCUUACAUGAGGGUACAAGUUGUCCUCCAGAUGCUGUAAUGGAAGGAGAACUUGAAUGCUUACGUGAAAUUAGUGAAGAAGUUCAUGUUGAUCACAGGGUCACUGGUUCUGUGACAAAUCUGAGUCGACUAGAAAUAUCUAGUUCCAGGCAUAUGACUGGUAUGCGUUAUGGUUUAGAAAAUAAAUCAAUUAGGAAUUCCCAUAGAUUUUUCUUAAGACAAAAGUCUGAUCUCACCCAUAAUAAAGUUAAUGAUGUACUUGAAACAUUUUCCAUAACUGAGUCACAUCAUCUAAGGUCAAGAAAACCUAUCUUAUCCGAUCGGUUCUUUCAGAAUAAGAAAGCUGAAAAAAAGUCUGAAAGUUUAACUUGCAUUCGAGAACCAAUGGAACUUUUAGGAAAUGUUUCAAAUAUAUUUGUUAACAACACUACUCAUCACGCCUCGUGGGAAAAUGUUGUUACAAACAACUGUAUAGCUAAUAGUUUUGUGUUUGAAUCUGAAAGACUUGAUCGUGAUUUGCACAAGCACAAUUUAAAGAAGAGGGCAUUCACUAAACCAGCAGUAGGCAGAAAUCAGUUUUCCAAAAAUGAUAAUUCUAAACUCCUUUUUAAUGAGCCUAAGUCUUUAGGAAGCAAUAGAUCUGGAGACCCGGUGAUUGACAAAAAGAUCAAACCUUCUAAUCAUUUUAGAAGUCAGUGCAAUUCAAAACUAGCACCUGUUACCGAUCUUUCCGAUGAGAACUUGUUCACUGAAAGUGAAGAAUCUGUAAGUUCUCCCGAGGACAUUGAAAACCUUGCAACUGUUCCUCCUCUAGAUUGUAGAAGUGAACUUGAACUGAAUUCUCAGUCCACUGUCAUUGGAUCUGAAGUAGUCAUACCUGCCCCAGAAGGUUUCCAGAAUUCCAUUGGUGCUGAUGAAGAAAUCUGUGUUUCAGAACUGGCAAAAUUAAAUGUUGGAACUUGCAUUGAAAACCAUGGUGCUUUAGACAUUAAUUUGUCACAACUAAAAAAAGAUACAAAGGCAAUAAAAAGUACUCCAGUUAAAAAAUUAUCUGAUGAUAAUAGUGAAAUCGAAGAUUUGAAACACGAGCGAAGUAAAAGUGAUGCUUUUGUAAAUGAAAAGUCUGCCCUUUUAAAAAAGGAUACAUCUAGUCGUAGACACAGUGCUGGAAGUGUCAAGAACUUUAAAAAGUUAUUUGAAAAAGAAUUUGCUAUUUAUGAUAAAGUAGCAAAUGCUUCCGAUGAAAAUGGCAGUCCCGAUCUGGCAGAUGAUGAUGAUUCUUCAGAGGGUAAGGUUAGAAGCAGCAAAACACGAGUACAGAAACAAGCAGAAACUAAUUUAGAACAACCUGAUGCUUAUUUUACAGAUAUAAACAAUGGUCAGGAAGAAAAUGAUAAUUUAUUUUUUCCUCCACCACCUCCGCCAGAGGAAUUAGAGUUUGAGGAUGAAGUUAGACGACCAAUUUCCAAUAAUCAAAGAAAUGGAUCACCACCUCUAACACCUCCUUUCGACCAGAGACUUCCUAAAACAGAUAAUAAACAUUCCUUCCAAACUUCAGAUAAUUCCACUCAAAAUAUUAACCAGAUUGAAAUGCUACGUCCAGAGGAUUCAGAUCGGAGGAAUUCAAUUAUGGAAAUAUACAAGAGCAUGGAAGAUAUCAUCAGCCGGUUGCGGAACUCGUCGCAUAGCAAUGGCUCAAAAGUGAAUCAACUUUCUGAGAAAAUAAAUCUGUUUUGUUCUACAUGUGGAAUACACACUGCCAACAUACCAUCACAAGAACAGUACCAUUUUCGUGAACUCAUUGCCAUCUUAGAAAACCAAAAGGAACGUUUUCAUUCCUACUCGAGCAAAUGCUCAAGUGAUGUGAAAUUGUUAACUGAAAUUCAUAGCACAAUUAGGGACUUGAUAAAUGUUGUUCAAAGGUGAAAUUUUUAUACUAAUGAAGAAUGAAGAAUAUUUGGUGCAAUCGUUUUAUACCUAAACAAAAUGUCUAGUCUGCAUUAAAAAAGGCCUGUUUCAUGUGACCAUGUUAGUUUAUGUACUUAGUGAAUUUGUAAAUAUUCUUUAUGUGUGCUGAAUUUGUUGUUUGAUUUCAAAAAUCAGUCUCAGGACCAUUUUAUAGGUUCUUCUAAAAAGAACAUGCACUUCUUACUUGACCAGUCACUUGUGUGAUGUAAUCACCAUUAUUUGUAGAUAAACAUAAAUUUAUUCACAUUUUAA